CUUGAUCGGAAGGGAACAGAAAAAUGUGGUUUACUCUGUAUAUUUACAUUUGCCUGUCUUUGAAUUGUAUCUCUGCAACUUUAAUCCUCAAACCAAGUAUGUGUUUGCUACAAAGGAGUUUUAAGUUGAAUGGAAUGUACCAGGAUGGAGAUUUUAUACUCGGAGGCCUAUUUGAGGUUCACUUCUUUACAGUGUUUCCAGAUCUGACUUUCACAACAAAUCCAAAAUCACCAUACUGUGAAAUAUUUAAUAUGGAAGGCUUCCAGCAUGCACAGACCAUGGCUUUUGCAAUAGAAGAGAUAAAUAAGAAUCCAAAACUGCUGCCAAACAUCACUCUUGGAUAUCAUCUUUAUGACAAUUGUGUGAUGCUAGGAAUGGCAUUCCGGGCUGCCAUUUCACUUACUAGUGGGACAGAGGAGUCCUUCUUGAACCUAAAUUGCAGUGGUCCAUCACCAGUGAUUGGGAUUGUUGGAGAUCCAAGUUCAACUCCUUCCAUUGCAAUUUCCAGUGUUCUGGGGCUGUUUCGAGUGCCUAUAGUUAGUCACUACGCCACCUGCUCCUGUUUGAGUAACAGGAAAAAGUACCCCUCUUUCUUUAGAACAAUCCCCAGUGAUGCAUUUCAGGUACGGGCUAUAGUCCAAGUCUUAAAACAUUUUAAAUGGACCUGGGUUGGUCUCCUCUACAGUGAUGAUGACUAUGGCGUCUAUGCUGCUCAGUCUUUUCAGCAAGAAAUGCGGCAAUUUGGACUUUGUGCUGCAUUUUCUGAAUUCUUGCCUCAUGAUAAUAAUCCCAGAACCAUACAGCAUAUAAUGGGGGUUAUUCAGGGCUCUACAGCAAAAGCGGUGGUUGUUUUUGCCCCAUCAUCCUUUCUCAUACCUUUGAUGAAUGAGGUGGUUUUGCAGAAUAUGACAGGCAGGCAGUGGAUUGCAAGUGAAGCUUGGGCCACCUCUCUUGAAUCCCAUAUUCCAAGUUUCCAGCCCUUUUUGAGGGGCACAAUAGGAAUUGCUAUCAGGCGUGGAGAGAUUCAAAGACUUCAUGACUUUCUACUACGUAUUCGCCCUAGUAAUGAUCCAAAAAAUUAUAUGUUGAGAAUCUUCUGGGAGAAUAUGUUUGGGUGCAGUUUUGGUAAAGGAGAUACUGAAGGAGAGCAAGUCAUAAAGGUAUGUACAGGACAGGAGGAUCUGAGCACCACAAAUACACCAUACACUGACGUCUCAGGACUAAGAGCAGCUUAUAAUGUAUAUAAGGCAGUUUAUGCACUGGCACAUGCCCUUCAUGACUUGAUGGAGUGUGAGGAGGGGAAAGGACCAUUCAGUAAAAACAGCUGUGCUGACAAAACAAACCUAAAACCCUGGCAGGUGGUUCACUACCUACAGAAUGUAAACUUCACUACGGGCUUUGGGGAUUAUGUGUCAUUUGAUAAGAAUGGAGAUGCUUUGGCUAUUUAUGAUGUACUAAACUGGCAGCCAAGCUCCGAUGAAUCAAUAAGGAUCUACACGGUUGGUGUUGUAAAAGAAGGAACAGAAACUGGAAUGGUACUCACACUGGAUGAAGAUGCAAUAUUCUGGAAUUUUGAGACGAGAAAACCCCCACGGUCUGUGUGCAGUGAAAGCUGCCCUCCAGGCACCAGACGAGCCACUCGCAAGGGUCUUCCUGUCUGCUGUUUUGACUGCCUGCCAUGUGGAGAUGGAGAGAUUUCUAACACAACAAAUGCUGUUGAGUGCUUUCUAUGUCCAGAUGAGUUUUGGUCCAAUCAAUAUAAUAAUCACUGUGUACCAAAAGAAGUAGAGUUUCUCUCCUAUGAAGAUCCUCUGGGGAUCUCCCUGACCACUGCUUCUCUGCUUGGCACCUGCUUCUGUGCUCUUGUGAUAUUUGUUUUUGCUCUUCAUCGUAAUACUCCUAUAGUACGUGCAAAUAAUUCAGAGCUCAGCUUCCUACUGCUGCUGUCACUCAAACUGUGUUUCCUUUGUGUCCUGCUGUUUAUUGGUCGACCACAGCUGUGGACAUGUCAGUUAAGACAUGUUGUGUUUGGUAUAAGCUUUGUCCUGUGCAUGUCCAGUAUUCUGGUCAAGACUAUGGUGGUAAUAGCUGUGUUCAAGUCCUCUCGGCCAGAAGGCAAAGGAGCAAUAAAAUGGUUUGGAGCAGUUCAACAGAGAAGCACAGUUGUUGUCCUCACAGUCCUCCAGGUUCUUAUAUGUGCAGUCUGGUUAUCAACUGCCUCUCCAACACCCUAUAAAAACAACCAAUAUAUCCGUUCUAAAAUAGUAUAUGAAUGUGCUAUAGGUUCAGUUGUUGGGUUUUCAAUGUUACUCAGCUAUAUUGGCUUUUUGGCAGCAGCCAGCUUUUUGUUAGCCUUCCUGGCUAGAAAUCUUCCAGAUAAUUUUAAUGAAGCAAAGUUCAUCACAUUUAGCAUGUUGAUUUUUAGUGCCGUGUGGAUUGCAUUUGUUCCAGCGUAUGUGAGUUCACCAGGUAAAUACACAGUGGCUGUAGAAAUUUUCGCCAUUCUAGCUUCGACUUUUGGUUUACUGAUUGCCAUAUUUGCCCCAAAGUGCUACAUCAUUCUUUUACAUCCAGAGAGAAACACCAAAAAUGUCAUAAUGGGAAGAGAAACACAAAAUAAAUAGGUCCACAAGACUGAUGUAACACUGAACUCUUAAUUAACCUGUCUCUUAUUUUAAAUGCCCAUGUUUGAGAGUAGGCUUUCAAUGAUGAUGAUGAAAUUCAAGUGAUAUUUUUGGAACACAUUUGAACAUAUAUCUUUUUCUGUUCUUGUUUUAAAGAAAAGACUUUUAAAGUUGUAGCUGCAGUUUAUUAAAUUACAUAAAACAAGGUAUAGCUGUUUGUUUAUUGUAAUAAAGAUCACUGCAAUAGAACUUGAUUUCAAGGUCUAUUAUAUUAACGCCCUGUUGAAGCACAUUAUUAUAUGUAGGAGGGCUUGGAAAUAACUCAUGAAAGAAUAAAGUUACGUUAAAACCAAGCACACCAUUGUUUUCUUGUGAAAAUCCCAAACAGUUUUAGUAAGGUGUAACCAUAUAAAUGGGCCACCUUGUGUGUAUAUUUAUCCUAAACAUAAAUUAAAUCAAACAAGCCAUAGAUUUAAACAAUGUUUUGCAAUGUUGAGACUACAUCAACAACGGCCGCAUUCAUGUGACAUUCAUGCCCAAACUAUGACUCCUAAAGUUCCACUUUGACCUCACACAACACAGAGUGAUAUUUCUUUUUUUUUAUUCAAAACAUUGUUCAAGAUGUGAAAUACUUUAAAACAGAAUAAACAGUACAUUCAUUGUU